GUUUCUACUUAGUGAAAACAAAACAUAAGAACAACGUAGAGUGAAGGGAAGUUUUUGUGAAUAUUAUAACAGCCUGGCAUCAGAUUGAUCAACAAAAUCCUCAAAAUGAAGUGGCAAUAUAAAGAAGAACAUGCAUUUGAGAAAAGGAGGUCAGAAGGCGAGAAGAUAAGAAAGAAGUACCCCGAUCGCGUACCGGUGAUAGUUGAGAAGUCUCCAAAAGCAAGAAUUGGAGAUCUUGAUAAAAAGAAGUAUCUGGUACCAUCAGACUUAACAGUUGGCCAGUUUUAUUUCCUGAUACGAAAAAGGAUUCACCUUCGAGCUGAAGAUGCACUCUUCUUUUUUGUAAACAAUGUCAUACCCCCAACCAGUGCCACAAUGGGGCAAUUAUACCAAGAGCACCACGAAGAGGACUUCUUUCUGUACAUUGCCUACAGUGAUGAAAGUGUAUAUGGAUGCUGAAAUCUAUCCAAAAUUUUGAAUGAAGCUGCAGAGCUUGAAGCUUUCGUCCAUUGCAUUAAUCAUGUAUAGUUUAUAAGUUACAUCUAACUCUGUAUGUAUAUGAAUAGGGAGGUAGUGAAGUUGAGUUAUUUUAAACUUGAGUAAUUUGUAAGUGCUUAAUUGUCAAUUUUUAAUAUACAAUUAGAUUUGGAUAUUAUUGGUAUGAUCCUGUCCAUAGAACUUAAAUCUGCUGAAUUUGACCCUAAUUUUCAAAUUGCUGGGCUAGAUACAUCAUUAUACAGGAUAUUAUUUAUCAAGUUAAUUCCUGUUGUCUAAUUGCAUCCCAAUCAGGGACGGAUUCAAGCUCUAAGACCCCCUCCCAAAGGUUAGAGGGGGGGGGGUCUUAGAUAAUGAUUAGAUUUUGUGCCAAACCCUUUCUGUGAGUAUAGAAACUGGUAGAAGCUUCCUUUUUUAAAUGGUUGAUUUUUAACUUCAUGACAGAGUUGAAUAAAGUAACUUUUUUGUAUCAUUUGGUUACUACUGACUACCAAAAACUGCUUUUUCUGAAUCGAAGCAAAGUUUACUGAAGAAGACAAACAUAUUGGGGAAGGGCUGUUGCACCCCCACAACUGCCAAUCAAUCCGUCUCUGAUCCCAGUGUUGCAAACAUAAUGACCGUGAAAACACUGUCAUAUAAAAGUAUACCAAGCUACUGACCAAUCAUAUUUAGUUUACCAGCUUGUUAGGCUACCCAGAUAAUAAUAAUCGUUUUUAAUCAAAAGCUCUUGCUUUCUACAUAAACAUCAUCAGUUUUGAAUUACUACAAAAAAUACAUUCAUACUAGGUAGUAACAUGGGCCUAGCAGAUGCAAAACACAUUGGGGUCUAGGUAUGGAUUUUGUCCAAAUUUGUUUGCUCCAUUGAGAUGUAACGUAAUUGAGUCAAAAUUGCGACAAAUGUUGCCUGUCGGCUGAAGCCAAAAUCUAUGAUGCCUCACCCAUAGGAAGGGCAGUCAAAAUUUUUUAAUACAGUAGAAACCUGCAUAAAAGAACCUAGGCUUUUGUCUGGCAGCCUGAAAAGGUUCUUAAUUAACAGGCUGCUAUUCUAAAUUCCAGUCUAAAAGGUUCUUAGAUACGUACAGGCCUUGCAUACAUUAACAAUGUUUUCCACCGCAAGAAUUAUAAUGGACACACUUAAACCAGCUUUUUUUUAAUGUUAAAUUUCAACCAAUCUAAUUAAUUUGUGUUGUUAGAUUUUCCAAUUUGAAUGCAACAUACCAUAACCUAAUUUACCAAAAAACCCUUUUUUUGUUACAUAUAUUUAUAUAUAAGAACCUUUCCAAAUUGCAGCCUCUUGGGGGUUCUUGAUUAUGGGGUUUUAAAGUUUAAAUUUCAGCCUCAAUGUUGUUAUAAAAACAGGUUCUUUUAUGCGAGUUUCUACUGUAGAACUGUUUCAUGGUUAAAAUAGUCUU